AAUUAUAUUUGUGCUUAGUCCGAGGUAGUUAUUACAUGUAGUAUCCUGAUUCCAGCGUCUAACGUCGCGAUUUCAGAGCCUAAAAAAAAAAUAACCCUACCUGGCAACACUAUGGUCACCAUACUUCAUUUUUCUGUUUUCGCGCGAUAAACUAACGUUUCGCGUCCCAUUAAAAUAAAUAGUUUUAUGUAUGGUAUUACAUAAAAGAUUUCAUAAUUUGUCUGAAAAAGAUGCUUAAAAGAGCUAGUGAAGGUGAGGAACACGAUGCACGAAGAUUGCGGAAGAUACGGAAGAUGGAAAAGAAGAUACAGAGAUACAAAGAAGCCUUGACUGCCACUGAUCCAGAAACGUUAUCAAUUUUGGAACAAGAUAGUGUGGAUGAAAAUUUCAAUAAGUCAGAAGAAGUUAAUGCUCAUAGUGACAAACCAGAAGACACCCAAGAACACAGUCAAGAACAUGAAGAAGAGGAAGUUGACAUUGAGACAGAGGAAGACCUGCCUCAAGACAUACUAGCUGCCCUCGGAGAAGGAGGACAAGAUGACAAUGCCAACUAUGGAGCUGAAAUAAAACCAGAGAUUGUUAAGAUAAUCAAUACUAUACUAACAGAUGGAAUGAAUAAAGAAAUGCAUGAAUCCUUAUCAAAAACUAAGAUCCCAAGAAACAUCAAACUGUUAGAUGCCCCAAGACUAAAUACAGAAUUUGCAGGUUUACUCAACAACUCCAUGACUAAUAGAGACAACUUACUGAAGGAUAGGCAGCAAGACCUGGGCAGAGCAAUUGCUUUAAUUACUGAAACAAUUAAUGAUCUAACCAAGAAAGAUUUUGACAAAUUGCAGGCAAUAAAGUCCCUGAGUGACAGCAUAAGAUUACUCAGUAACCUGCAUUACAAUUACACUCAAAUUCGCAGAAAGAUGAUUGCACCAUUUAUGGAUAAGUCAUUGACACAAAACCUAAGUGAAAACAAGAGGUCUGAGUUUUUAUAUUCUAAACUAGAGGAAUCAGUAAAAACGUCUUCUGCAAUGAAACGCACAAUCAACAUUCUAAAACCCAAAAACACACCAAAAAACUAUCAGAAUCCCAGGCGGCAAACCGCCCCAAACCAGUACACGCUCAGAACAAACAACAUAAAUUACAAACCAAGACCAUACCAAAGCAAUCAGACUUCAAACUACAAGCCUCAGCGCAGCCAUCAACGUCCACCUCAACAAGUGAGGUCAACCCGCCGACCAACAACAUCCCAUCAUCGAGGAGGUCGUGCGAGGUACCCAUAAAGAACUCCACACCCACUUCAGACUCAACUUAUCCUGGCGGCGUGCAAAUUAUCAGGGAAGCGUUUAAAAGAAGAUUAAUUGCAGAACGUUCAGUUGACAUUAUGAUUGCUUCAUUAUCUAAGAACUCCAUUAAACAAUAU